AUGGACCCGACCCUGAUCCCGAUGCGGCAUCCCGAUCAGGUCGAUCCCCCAGCCACCACCCUCUCAAUGCGGACCGCUUUCCCCCCGCCGUCCAGUGUGAGCCACUCCUUCGUUGCAUCCACCGCAUCCGACCGCCAAGACAGAAGCUCCAAAGGUUUCCGCCAUGCCGUGGGCCCUGUUAAGAAUGCUACCGGGUUACAGCACCUCGACAAACCCGUCCUAUUCGAUUCGCUUGACGGCAAUGCCGGCUUGAGACAACUCCCUGGAGACGUACGGCAGCUUUAUUACGACAUCUUUGCUACUACCAAAUACCAGACGGGCAUCUAUCCCGCCGAGAUUCGCACAGAGAUCGAAGCUCUGUACACGGGUCAUCCACCCCCGGACUCGGUCUAUCGGAAACCUGAGGAAGUAUACGAUCAAGACGGGAUGGGACAAGAGGAGGAACGCUUUUUUGACUACCUUCCUGUCAGGCUGCUUGCCGACAUCAAAGAGGGCGCCACGUUUGAAGCACGCAUCGCUCACGCCGAGUUUUACAAGGUCCGUAGCAUCAAAGACCGCGCCAGGGAGUGCUUAGCUCUCCAUCGCGCCGAGGCGGCGUGGAAUACAAAGGUUCACGAACCGCUAUGA